AUGAUUUCCGACACUUCCACCCUCAGCUACGCGAUGAGUUCGACGUUUGUUCCAACCGUCAAUGGCUCCAACGACUUCUCCAAACAACAGGUUAUUUAUUUCCUCUCCAUUUUUGUUAUUCUAUGACUAAUGUCUAGGCCAUUUUCCCAAUAAAAUUGUUUUGCAGUCCAUUAUAUAAACUAAUUCAAUACAUCCUCAAUGGAAAUUGGAUUAUGCUGAAAAUAGCAGUUCCUUGUUGCUGUCAUUGAAAGAAAUGCUCUAUUUUGGAAAAUUCGAGAUUUCAUGCAUUUUUUGACGCGUUGGUUGAUGUUCUACUAUAAAACAUCAAAAAAAGAAAAAUUCAGAAUCUUCGGAGAAAAUUUGAAAGUUCAAGGUUGUCCGACGUUUUGCCUAGAGAAAAGAGCUAAAAACAUGAUACUUGAGAAGAUCGAAAAAUUACUAAAAGAAAUGUUUUGAGUACAACCGUAACCUCUAGCUCCAGGAGGCUGAAAAUGGACAAAAAGGGUAUUUUUACGAGAAAAAAACUCUCGGAAGUCGCUACCUGUGCAAUCUUCAGUUUCAGAUAUAGGUUUUUAAAUAUCCGAUUUUUCUGUUUGACGCGAAUUUCGAAGAUUCAUAACUCCAAAAGAAAAGUUUGAGUAUAGAGCGACCAGGAAUGUUCACCUAGACUUUCGGCUUGUUUAAGAUGGAAAAAAAUCUUUCUUGUAAAAGGACAACAUAAACCCGAAAAACUAUGCAAUCGAACUCCUCCGGAAUAACUUCUGAAAUCGUGUCAGGUGUGGACACUGUACGAUUACAUGGCGUCGACGAUCUUCUGGAUGACCGGCGGAAUCGCGAUUCCGCUGAACGUCACGCUGUUGAUGCUCAUCUUCUUCCGCUCGCCGACCAGCCUCUCCACCUACCGAAUCUUCUUGGCCAACGUCGUUUUGAGUGACCUCGUCUUCUCCAUUUCCGCCACGAUGGCUCAAAUUCGGUCAGAUUAAAUGAACUUUUUUUGAAGAUAUUUUCUUUUUUUCAGAAUCAUCCCAAAUAAAUGGGCGUUUGCAUAUGUGUCCUUGGGGCCGGCAGGUCGAUUUUUCGGUUCUCAGGUCGGUUGGAAGGAUUUUGAUCCAUUUUCAAUCUAAUUCAUCAAAUCGAGCUCAAUAUGGGGCAUUGAAUUUUGAAUUGUGAAUUUUUGUUUGAAAUGCCCAAGUCUUGAGCCCUGAGAUUUUUAGAAGACUAGAAGUACCUCCGGAAAGUAUCAUUUUACAGGUUUUUUUGGACAAGGAAGGUCAUGAACACUUCUUGAUCUACCCCAAAAGACGAUCCUGAAAGUCCUAACGUGACCUUAGUUUCCGAGAAAAAAGAGCCCAAAGCCUGAAAACAGCUUAUUUUAACUGGUUUUCAAGAUUUCCGUUGAUUGUGAAGUGUCCUUUCUUGAAGACUAGGAAUCUGUGCAGUUUGCGUUUUUCAGAAUCUCCUUCUGGUACAUCAAAGAGUGUUCUGACCAAUUUUUUUUUUUUAGGAAUUUCCGGACCCUAAGGGGAAAUGAUCCUCCUUGUGAGAGUAUCUUGAAAACUAGUUCAAAAUACAAAGAAAAGAUUUAUUUUUGAGGUUGACCUUGAAGAUUUCAGGGCAGCUACUUUGCCUAUUGUGUCAUGCUCCACUCGCUGUUCUACAUGUUCCUGUGCUUCCCGAUCUCGUUCGGCUUCCGUUACUGGAUCCUCGUGAGACCCAUUCCGGAGAACAAAUCCUGCAUUUUAUUGUGUCUCGGUCUUUGGUCCAUCGCCCUGGCUCAACAUGUGAGUUAUGCACAAAUCGGAUUUUAAAUUAAAAAGUUUUGAUCUUCUCAGAAAGAAAAAAAAAUUUUCAACCAGGGAAAGCUACUGAGUCAGCUUCUUAGUUAGUGGUUCUUCCAUGUAAAUUGCAGAAACUUCAUCAAGUAUAUAGAAGGAAUUCAUAGAAAAUGUCAGAGAACAUUUUUAAAAAAAACUUUUUUUGAAGUUUUUCGAGCUAAAUUUCAUGAAUGGAACUUUUUCCCUUAAUCUGAAGCUUUUAAAGAUCCUGUUCAUCCUGUCUGAGUCGCCGGUCGACGAGAUCCGAGCUUACCUGAAGAUAAACAAGCCUCAGUACGACCUGGACGCCUUCCCGGUCUCUGGCAACCACAUGAUCAACAGUCCUCUGACCUCGAUCACGUUGGCGACCAUCGUCCUGCCCAUGUUCCCCAUCUACGUUCUCGUCAUCUUCUUCUACAAGAAGGUCCAUCAUUAUCUGAUGCACAACACCAGGGUGAGGCCUUUUCUGCGAUUUCUGUCGAUAUAUACGUUGAGAAGUUUGAGGAAAACUAAAAUUGAAGAGGCCACUUAAGCAGCCCUAGGGAAAAACCUGUAAUCUAUUUAGCCACGCGCGUCACAUAAGCCGUGGACGCAAUCUAAAAGAUAUUUAGUUCUUUAAAAAAUAACUCGAUUCUCUCCGAUACUUUUCAUUCGCUCGGCCGUGUUUCUCAUAGAGCGAAAGGCUCAAAAACGAGGCAAUUAAGCCGUCGAGCGACCAUAAAAAACGUUUGACUUUUUUGGAAUGUUAAAGAUCAGAAAGUUGGAAUAGGAUAGUAAUUGAAUCCCGUUCAGACUUCAAAGAUCGCAAUUUUGAGAUCUCUGAAAUGAAGUUAUGAUAGCGGGCGGAAAAUGAAAUUUUAUUCGAGUAUAACACACAGGAAUGUAUUGCCUUUGAAAAAGCCUAUUCUUAUUACAUUAUUUAUGAGGCAUCAGAGAUUUUUUCAUAAAGAAACAAAUAAACAAAUUGAUCUCGACCAAAACCAAGUGGGACUAAGUAUUUGUCAUAAGUAUAGAAAAACCUAUGAAAUCAGUGAUUUUCUCUUGUUUUUUGAAACGUGUUUACUCCUUGGUCAACUGAACAUCUACAGCGGUUUUCGAAGCGUUAAAGGACAAGAAUGAAAUUCAGAACAUGAGUAUCGGAACGCUGAAAGGCCACCGACGACUCAUCGAAGUUCUGACGAUCCAGGCGUCGCUCCCGCUUUUCUUCAUCUUCCCUCCAAUAACUCUAUACGGACUCUAUCAUUUGGAGUUCAUCGAACACACUGCUAUCGAGUACCUCGUUUAUACUCUAUUCAGGUGGGUUUUUAAUUUCGAUAGAAAUCACAACAAAAUAAACAUGACCUGAAGUUAUCAGAUACAAAUCUCGAGUCUCUUCGAAAUUCGCUAUAAAGGGAAUAUUAGCCUUCAAAUAUAUCAUUUGAUUUUUCACAGCGCUGGCGUGCGGCAUUUUAGGAACGCCAGAGUGGUCCCUGGAGGGGCACUUGAAGGUUCCCCUCUAGAGAAUACCUCACCUCUAUAGGGAGGCACUCAGUUUUGCUCAAGUGGUCACUCUAGAAGCUUAGUUAAUGGCUACUUUAAGGGAGCAUAGGGCCCUAUUUUGUUUCCCUUAAGGGGCUUUUUUCUUUUAUCGUUCCAGAGACCGAUCUGGGGCUCAUAAGAUUUGCAGUUUUUCUGAAAAUGAUCAGAAUACGUCUCCGAAGUUCAAAAAUUCCCUAAUUUGUUAGAUCUUUCUUACGUUUUUUACAUAUUAACAAAUGAACUAUUCAGUCAGAGAUGAGAUUUCAGAAUUUAUCAGAUUAUUGAACAAAAUCUCCUUAAAAUAAACUUACUUAUGUGAAUUUCUCAAUCAGGGUCAAAAAUUAUCACUAUCUUUGCAUAGAAACUUCAAAAACGGUCAAUUUCCUGAUGUAAUCGAUUUCUUCAAAGAUAGUAUUUUUUGGGCUUGAUUUGGAGUUCCGAUUUUUAAAAGGUUGAUGGCUAAAGAUAUUUGCUUCUUAUUAAAAAAAGGAAUGAACUGAAACGAAACAAAAAAUAUUUUGAAUCGAAACGUAAAAGUUUUAACAAUGAGUUUUUGAAGUUUCCUGCCGAUGUGCAGUCCGAUCGUGACGCUCGUCUACAUCAAGCCCUACAACACGGCCUUCCGCCGGAUUUUUUGUUUGCCUCUGCGGAGGGUCGAAGACGUCGGCGGCACGGCGACGACGUACAUGGAGAAGGAGAACACACAGUACUCCUCCCACGCUUCCUGA